UGUGGGUGUGUGGACACUUUGACACAGGACACACUCACACCGAGCAGAGGACACACGCACAGCCGAGCUUCGCCCCGUCCUGCUGGGAUAGUCUUCGUGUCGGAAGCCGCUGACAGGUGACCUGUCACCAUGUUUAAGAAGAAGAAGUCCGUCAUAACGCAGCCGAAACCAACGGCUCCCUCCACAGAGCUGAGUGCCCUGAUCGAGAAGCUGCAGAGGAAUGCAGAUAAAGUGGAGAAGAACAUCUAUGAUGUGGAGCAGAACCUCAACAAGGAUGUGAGUAAGAUCAAUGAGGGGAAGCAACCGCUCUAUCAGGAUGACACCAACAAGAGAAUCCUUAACUCUCUGGAGCUGCUCAUUGGCUUGGACGAGGACGCCGUGAACGCCAAACGUCUCCAGCAUCCACAGGCUGAGAUGAUAGAGCAGGACAUGAGGCAACUGCGGGAGAGGGUGAUGAAGCUGAGAGAGGACCAUGACCGUAUCUACCACCUGGUUCGCACUGAGGGGAUGCCCAGCAUCAACUGGGGCAACAUGAUGGAUGAGAAAAUGGACAACCUGAAAAACAAGGGCUUUGGACAGGACCUGCCAUCUGUGGAGAACGAGGUGGAGGAACACAACAUCUUCCACAGUGAGGUGGAGGCUCUGGCUCCUCACCUCUCCACCUGCGGUGACAAGGAAUACAUCAGUGGCCUCCAGACGAAGUACAGCAAACUACUGGCCAGUUCCAGCGCUCGUCAGCGCAACCUGCUGAGUCUGCGGGACUACAUGCAGCGCUGCACCAAUGAGCUCUACUGGAUGGACCAACAGGCGGAUGAGAGGAUCAACUACGACUGGAGCGACGCCAACCUCGACUACCCCGCCCGCCAGAGGCAGUAUGAGAACUUCAUCAGCAAAUGUCUGGAGUCCAAGGAGGCCACCGUUACCAAGCUGAAUGAUGAUGGAGAGAAGCUGAUGGCCGCGGAUCAUCCAGGGAAAAAUGUCAUUGAGGCUCAUACGGAGGCGGUCCAUGCUGACUGGAAGGAGUACCUGAACCUGCUCAUCUGUGAGGAAAACCACCUGAAACACAUGGACGAGUACCACAAGUUCCAGAAGGAGUCUCGUGACACUCAGGACCUGCUGAAGCGGCUGGAUACAGAGGUUAACCAGAAGUACAACCCAGAGUUCAAAGAUGUGUAUCAGAUGGAAGGUCUCAUCAGGGAGCUGGAUGACCAAUCCAAGGCCAUGGACCACUUUGAUGAGCGGGUCAAGGCUCUUCAGAAGCGCAGCCAGCAGGUGUUACCUCUGAAGUACCGCAGAGAAACACCCCAGAAGCUGCUGCCCGUUGAAGCUCUGUGUGAGUUUGACACAGAUGAGGGGCAGAUUUUGCGUGGGGAGAGGUACACUCUGCUCCGGAACAAUGGGGCCAAAUGGGAUGUGAAGGACGCAGCCGGACGUAAAGUCACCGCACCAGCCGUCUGCUUCAUGACCCCCCCCACUGACCCUGAGGCUGUGGCCAUCACUGACAAUCUGGCCAGCCAACAAAAGGCUGUCAAACAGAAGAUGGCAGGCAGCAAGUCAACUCUGCUGAAACGCUACGAUGUGCUGAAGAAGGACAGUGGGACUGACAAGGAGGAGCAGCAGUGCCGCCAGCUGAUGGCCAGUCUAGACAAGGUUGUCAGUGACCUGGACAAACAGGAGAAGGGCAUUCAUGCCCGAGUGCGCCCUCCGUUGGAGCAGAACAGGCCACUGCAGGACAGCGCUGACCGCUUGCAGGACAUGAGGGACAUUGCUGCAGCUGUCAGUAAGAUUGAACCAGAGAAAUCCUCUAAAGCACAGGAGGCAAAAAGCUUCUUGGUCUCCAACCCGAAUUGUAACAGUUCUCCUCAGCUUCACAGCAAGGUGGAUGAGGCCAACAACAAGUACGCCAAGAUCGAAGAGCUUCUUCAGUGCUCUCAGGAGAAACUGAAGAAUUCCAACCAGCUGGAGACGUCCCUUCAGAAUGGAAAGACGUUUCUUUCUACCUACGAGAAUAAGCUGGCCAGGGAGGAGGUUGCUCCAGCUGACCUCUCCUCACUGGACAAAACACAGCGGGAGCUUGCAGAUAUUGGCUCUGACCUGAGGUCCAAGAGGUCAGUGGUCUCUGACACAGAGCAGAACCUGCGCUUGGCCAAAGGCAGCUGUGACAACAUGGCUACCAAAUUCCAAGAGCACUGCCCCGACAUUGAGAGGCAGGAAGGUGAUGUCCAGAAGCUCAACAAGCGCUUCAACAACCUCAACAGGCAGAUCGACACCAGGUCUCAAAGCUUGCAGAGAUCCAAGAUGGCGUACAACAAUUAUCGCAAUGAUUAUGACAAUCUGAACAGUUGGCUGUCUCGUGUCCCAAACUACGAGGCUAAAGAAAGUGAUGACACCACACAAUUGGAGACCAAACUGAAGAAUCAGAGGAACUUGCUCUCUGAUAUUGCAAGAAAGGAGUCUGACUUGAACAACAUCUCCAAAAAUGCCCAACUUUACCAACAAGCUGUCAAAGACUACGAGAUCGAAACAGAGAAGUUCAGAUCUAUUCUUGAUCUGGAGGAUGGACUUGUGCCUCAGACAUACAAGAGGAGCAGAUUGGAAUCACCUGCAAAUACAGUCAAGGCAGAGGAAGCUGCAAUUGAAUCUAAGUUUACUGAGGUAAAUGCUGUGAACAGUCAAAGGUUGCAGAAUCUGGAGUUUGCAGACAGUCUUCUCAAACAGCAACCUGAGAUUCACAUGAUCCAGCCGACAAAUGUCAAGUCAGUUCAUGCUGCCCAAGGAGAGGAGCCUUGGAGAAUCAAGAAGCAGCUGGAUGAUGAGGUCCAGAGGAGAGAGCAGCUAGAAAAAGAAAUUGAGAUCAUGCAGACUGACAUCUAUGUCCUUGAAGGACAGAGGCCCCAGGAUACAAUUGUCAAAAAGGAGCUAAUUAAAAAGGUUCCUGACCCCCAACUGGAUGAGGAGAUUCAUAAAGUCCAGCAGAAACUCUCAGAAGAACGCCGCACUACUCAUGUCUUUGAGAAUGACCUUGAAGUGCUGAAGUUAAAGCUGCGUGGCUUUGAGACAGAGGUAAAAGAAGGGGCACAGCAAUACACUGUGAAAGAGGUCCUGCGAAUAGAAAGAGACCGGGGUCAGGAGGAGGAGGUGCGCAAGCUUCGGGAGGACCUGGAUGAGUUAAGAAGGCAGAAGUUGCUCAAAGACAAUGAUCUGAUAUCGUUUCAAAAGCAGGUGACACUUCUGGCUGAGGAGAAGAGCAGGGAACAAGAGGUAAUAAUUGAAGAAGAGGUGAUCAAAGUUCAGAAUGACCCCCAACUUGAAACAGAAUAUCGAUUUCUCCUUGACCGGAGGCAGAAGGAAACAGAUGGCAGGACACAGCUGGAGGAUGAACUGAAAUUUCUUCAGGAGAAGCUACGAAGGCUGGAGAAGGAGAAGGCAAUGGCAGAGGAGAAGAUUUCCAUCAAGGAGGUGGUGAAAGUAGAGAAAGAUGUUACCUUUGAAAGGGAGGUUGAAAACAUCAGGAGACAGUAUGAAGAUGAGAAGACCAAAAGAAGAUCAUCACAGCGGGAAAAGGCUGACAUGCAGAGGAAAAUUACCAGUCUAGAGGAGGAAAAGUCUAAGGUUGUUAUUCAGGAGAAAGUGCGGGAGAUUGUCCGUCCUGACCCCAAGGCUGAGAAUGAGGUGGCCAAUCUCCGGCUUGAACUUGUGGAGCAUCAGAGACGCUAUAAAGAUGCAGAGCUCCAUCUUAGAUCCCUGCAGGAUGAGCUGAACAUGCUGAGGAACAGAGGGCCUCAAGUGGAAAUCAAAGAGCUCAUCAAAGAAGUCAUCAAAUAUAAGACAGAUCCACAGACUGAAAGAGAACUGGAGAGACUUCGCAAUGAAAUUGUUGAUAAAACCCACGAGACUGAGAAAUCUGAGAUGGAAAUCCGCCAGCUGAACGAUGAAAUUCAAAGAUGGAAGAACACCAAACCCCAAGUACAGACAAGGGAGGUGGUAAAUGAAGUGCUGCAGUACAGAGAAGAUCCCAAGACCAAGGAGGAGAUUGAGACUCUUAAAAGGAAGCUGGCUGAUGAACAGAAGAAACGCCUCGACCUUGAGGCAGAACGAUCAAACCAAGAAGAUAAGAUUAGACUGAGGAAAAUAGAUCUUUCUCAGGUUCGCGAGAAGAUUGUUCAGCAUGAAGUGGUCAAGAUGGAAGAAGACCCUCUCCUCAGAUCAGAGUGCGACACCUUCUCACACAACAUCAACAAUGAACAGAGACAAAAGGAGAGCCUGAAAACGGAGCUCUACCAGCUGCAGAGAAAGAAGACUGACCUGGAUCUGCAAUUGGAGGAACUAGAGCGCGAGCGCAAGGCGAGGCGUGAUGCAGAAUUGGAGAUUCAGAGGCUUCGGAUCAGACUUAAUGAACUGGAGCUCCGCGACAAGGAGAACCGUGAGAAGGUGACGGUCAAACAGAAGGUAGUCCUGCAGCAGGAUCCCCAGCAGGAAAAGGAGCACUCCAUCCUCAGACUACAGCUUGAUGAAGAGAAGCACAAACGCACCCUGCUUGAGAAAGAGUUAAAUGCCCUCAUCCAGCAGCAAAUCACCCUGGAGAAGAUUGACGUGAAGGAAAGAGUUGUCCGCACCGAGAAAGUCCAAGUUGAAAGGGACCCAGAAGCUGAGAUUGAGAUUGAAAACCUGAAGAGGACUCUGGAAGAAGAGAAAAGGAGAAGACGAGAACUCGACCAGGAGAUGUCCACUCUCACUUCCAGACUCUCAGAUAUGGAGUUCUCUAACACCAAGUCUACUAAAGAACUGGACUACAUCCGUGAUGAAAGUAACCGUGUGCAGCAAGAAAACCAAAGGCUGCAGAAUGAGAUACGCAAGCUCCGGUCUGAGAUUGAGAUUACCAGUAAAGAGACUCGACUUAUUACUGAGUCUGCACCAAGGGAAGACGGAAAGAACCUGGAGUUGAGGCUUGAUUCACUGCAGAGAGAACUCACAGAACUCAGGGGCGUAACCACCAUAAAGGAUGACGAAAUCGAAAGGCUACAAAAGAACCUGGCAGCAGUGAGAAUGAAGAGGGAGCAGAGGGAGAGCCAUCUCCGCAGGUCUAUUGUCAUCAUUGAUCCAGAUUCAGGAAAAGAGAUGAGACCAGAGGAGGCCUUCAAGCUAGGCCUGAUCGACUGGAAGAUGUUUGUCAACCUGCAGAGCCAGGAGUGUGACUGGGAGGAGAUCUCAGUCAAAGGUCCUAAGGGGGAAUCCUCAGUUCUUCACGACAGAAAAUCUGGGCAAAAGUUCUCCAUCGAAGAUGCGUUGCGUCUUGGGCACAUCACAAAUCAACAAGUUCAGCAGUACAUAAAUAAAGAAAUCUCUAUCCAGGAGUUUGGUGUAAUGGUGUCGGGCAAGACCAAGUAAUUGGCAAAAUUCUAAGAGCUUUGAUCUGUUUUGUCUCUGUUGUUAAGAAGUCUCUGCUUUUUAUUGUACUUCUACUUUAUUAUUAUGGUGAGCUGGCAUUAUUUUCUUCUUUAUCCAUGAUUCUUCAUUGCACUAUGUAUUUAUUUGCUUAUGCAUAUUCAGUUUUGUGGUACUGGCAUCAAUAUAUGGAUUGAUAUUAAUAUUGUUACAGCUAAAUAAAUGACACUGGUAGGAAAAGCUCAGCAGCGCUUUUAUUUCUCAGACUGGGUACGAGGGUCAACAACAUAACUUUGAUUUGAUAUUGUCGUUAAAAUUCUCAAGGGUACUAAAUGUUUCAUUUAUUGUGGGGUCUUCCCCAGUUUGUCUGAUGUGAUCUCUGCAAGCUUCAAUAAAAUUUGAAUCAAACUAA